AUGCAUCACCUCUUCGGGCUGGUUUUGGCACAGAAGGACCUGUCCCGGGCAGGGGAUCUCUUCUCCCUGGAGGAUGCUGAGAUCGAAGGAAGCCUCUCUGAAGCUCUUGAACAGAUCAGAAUUAUUAGUUCAGCUGCAGACUACCAGACCAACGACAACGACCAGGCCGUGGUGGAGAUCUGCAUCACCCGCAUCACCACGGCCAUCAGGGAGACUGCCUCCAUCGAGAGGCACGGCAAGGCCCUGGUGGCUCUCUGGGAGUCCUGUCUGGAGCACAACCUGACACCCUCUGGCAAGGACGAGGAUGCCCCACAUGCCAAAAUUGCGUCUGACAUCAUGAGCUGCAUCCUGCAGAAUUACAACCAGCCUCCAGUGAUGGCCUUGGCUGUGCCAGUGGCAGUGAAAUUCCUGCAGAGGGGCAACAAGGAGCUGUGCAGGAACAUGUCCAGUUACCUGUCCUUGGCUGCCAUUGCCAAGGCUGAGCUGCUGGCUGAGCACACAGAAACCAUCGUCAGGAGUGUCCUGCAAGGGAACUCCAUGCUGCUGCGGGUGCUGCCCGCGCUCUACGAGAAGCAGCCGCGGCCGAUCCACGCCCGCCUGCGGGAGCUGGUGGCACCCAUGGCCCAGCUGGACCCGCCCGAGCAGCUCCACCUCCUCAGGCUCCUGCACACCGUGGCCAGGAAGAGAGAACUGGGGGUGCUGAGAGAGUGUUUGCCAUUUUUAUUUGAACACCUGAGGGACCCCAACCACAGCGAGGUGAUUCUAAACAUCCUUCUGGAAAUAUCCAGCUACGAACCUGCAGCCUUGGCCCCAUUCCUUCCCACGCUGAGGGAAAUUGGAGAGAGUUUUCCCAGUUUGAUUGGGCAGACAGCAAAGAUCUUCGGAGCUGUUGGACAUCUCGAUGAGGAGCGAGCCAGAACCUCCCUGCUGUAUCUGGUGAACCAGCUGGCCAACAUGGAGCACUCCUUUCACCACCUCCUGCUGCUGGAGAUCAAGAGCCUCACCGACACCUUCUCGAGCAUCCUGGGCACCCAGAGCAGGGACAUUUAUCGCAUGAGCAACAGCUUCUCUGCCAUCGCCAAGCUGCUGGCGCGGCAGCUCGGCACCGACGGCGCGGCGCCCGCCAGGAUGGAAAAGGACCCUGAGGCAGAAUGUCCUGCACCACUGGAUGAUUUAAAAUCUGUCAUGAACGGCAGUGAAGAAGAUGAAAAGCUGCAAGUUAAAAUCCAGGCUUUUGAAGAGAAAAUAAAUGUGGACAACAGCACCCCCGGCUCAGUGAGGAGAUACAGCCUGGGCCAGGUUUCUAAAGAAGAAAGGAAGGAUAUGAGGUUUAACAGAUCCAAGAGCCUGGCCCUGCACACGCUCCGGGUGAGGGGGCUGAGCUCGGAGGGAGGGCCGGACGAGGACAGUGGGGACAUCCCUGCUGGCAUCUCCUUCUCCGAGCUCUGCCUCAGCCAGGAGCAGCAGCAGGUGCCUUUUGGGGUGCAGCCCGAAGCAGGGCUCGUGGGGACCUGCCUGGUUUCACACCAGAGUGCUGAUCCCCCCCAGGCAGGCAGUCUGCCAGAGGUGAGCCCGGAGAAGGCUGUGGAGGGAAGGGCAGAGGCAGCCACGGGCCCUGUGGAGCACCAGGACAAGCUAUACCUGCACCUGAAGGAGAACCUGGGCAAAGUCAAGGAAUAUGUGAUGGAGAUGGGGAGGAGGAUUCCCAUCCCUGAGCAGUGUGUGAUUGAAGAUACUGUCCAAAGCUGUGUGGCAAAGCUGUUCUUCAGCUGUCCCCUGAAGGGCCACUACUGCCUGUACAGCAAAUCCAGCUUCACCCUGGUGAGCCAGCAGCCUCCCCUCUGGAUCCACAUCAUGUUCCUGUUCCAGCAGAGCCUGUUGGCAGAACCUUUGUCCAUACAAAGCAGCUCUGUGCAAGUCCUGAAGGCCCUGUGGGAGAAGACUCAGCUCGAGGGCACGCACAGCUUUGAGACUGCCAUGAUCCAGUCCACCUUCCCACACCAGAAGGAGCUGGAGAAUGUUCAGAUGCACCUGGAGGAAGUGAGGUUCUUUGAUUUGUUUGGCUACAGCGAGGAGGCAGGAGCCUGGCAGUGCUUCAUGUGCAACAACCCCGAGAAGGCAACAGGCAUCAACCAGGACGGGCAGCCCCUGAUGGAGGGCAAGCUGAAGGAGAAGCAGGUGCGCUGGAAGUUCAUCAAGAGGUGGAAAACGCGCUACUUCACCCUGGCUGGCAACCAGCUGCUGUUCCGCAAGGGCAAAUCCAAGGACGACCCCGACGAGCGCCCCAUCGAGCUGAGCAAGGUGCAGAGCGUCAAGGUGGUGCCCAAGAAGCGUCGGGACCGGAGCCUGCCCCGGGCCUUCGAGAUCUUCACGGACAGCAGGACCUACGUGUUCAAGGCCAAGGACGAGAAGAACGCCGAGCAGUGGCUGCAGUGCCUCAACGUGGCCGUGGCCCAGGCCCGCCAGCGCCACGGCCGCGAGGCCACCACCUACCUGUAG